CUACUCAGACCAUCCGCAAGGCUUAAAAACUUCAAACUCAGAAAAAAAUUGGGGUUUCUAAAUUCACUGUUGAGCGCCGUGGAUUACUUUCGUGAAGGCUUUUUGGAGCACUUUUGAGUUUUCAGCUUCUUUACCUGUUCCUAACGGUGUCUGGAUGUGGGUUUGAUACAAGGAAAUAAUUCCAGAGGUUGGAGGGCAGGGUCAAAGAGAUGGUCUUGUCCGUGGUGAACGUUCGGAUGCGCUUUUCGGGGACAUCUCACCACCAGGCACAUCCCCAUGGAAGUGAGGAGACACUCGGUGGCUUUGGUAACAGGAUGGACAAAUGUUGACUUGAAUUGUGGGGACCUCCGUGCCGAGAGGACUCGGGCAUCUCGAAAUUCAAAUGGUGGUAAUUGGGAGGCCUUGUCAGUUGUGAGCGAGGACCAGUCACUAUUUGAGUGUGCCUACGGAACGCCACACCUCGCUAAGACAGAGAUGACCGCAUCCUCUUCCAGUGACUAUGGCCAGACAUCCAAGAUGAGUCCCAGAGUCCCUCAGCAGGACUGGCUGUCACAACCCCCGGCCAGGGUCACCAUCAAGAUGGAGUGCAACCCUAGUCAGGUGAACGGUUCCAGGAACUCACCUGAUGAAUGCAGUGUGAGCAAAGGCGGGAAGAUGGUGGGCAGCCCUGAUACUGUGGGGAUGAGCUAUGGCAGCUACAUGGAGGAGAAGCACAUGCCGCCCCCCAAUAUGACCACAAAUGAACGCAGAGUGAUCGUCCCUGCAGAUCCUACUUUGUGGAGCACAGACCAUGUGCGGCAGUGGCUGGAGUGGGCAGUGAAAGAAUACGGCCUUCUAGACGUGGACGUCUUAUUAUUUCAGAAUAUUGACGGGAAGGAGCUGUGCAAGAUGACAAAAGAUGACUUCCAGAGGCUCACUCCGAGCUACAAUGCCGACAUUCUUCUCUCGCAUCUCCACUACCUCAGAGAGACUCCCCUGCCACAUUUGACUUCCGAUGACGUUGAUAAGGCCUUACAAAACUCUCCACGGUUAAUGCAUGCUAGAAACACAGGGGGUGCAGCUUUUAUUUUCCCAAAUACUUCAGUAUAUCCCGAAGCUACGCAAAGAAUUACAACUAGGCCAGAUUUACCUUAUGAGCCUCCCAGGAGAUCAGCCUGGACCGGCCACAGCCACCCCACCCCUCAGUCCAAAGCUGCUCAGCCGUCUCCCUCCACAGUGCCCAAAACUGAAGACCAGCGUCCUCAGUUAGAUCCUUACCAGAUCCUGGGACCCACCAGUAGCCGCCUUGCUAAUCCAGGUAGUGGCCAGAUCCAGCUGUGGCAGUUCCUGCUAGAACUCCUGUCUGACAGCUCCAACUCCAACUGCAUCACCUGGGAGGGCACCAAUGGCGAGUUCAAGAUGACAGACCCUGACGAGGUGGCUCGGCGCUGGGGAGAGAGGAAGAGCAAGCCCAACAUGAACUACGAUAAACUCAGCCGCGCCCUGCGCUACUACUACGACAAAAAUAUCAUGACCAAGGUGCACGGGAAGCGCUAUGCCUACAAGUUUGACUUCCAUGGGAUCGCCCAGGCCUUGCAGCCCCACCCUCCCGAGUCGUCCCUGUACAAGUAUCCCUCUGACCUGCCAUACAUGGGCUCCUACCACGCCCACCCCCAGAAGAUGAACUUUGUGGCUCCUCACCCUCCAGCCCUCCCAGUCACAUCUUCCAGCUUCUUUGCUACCCCAAACCCAUACUGGAAUUCACCCACUGGGGGCAUCUACCCGAACACUAGGCUCCCAGCCAGCCAUAUGCCCUCUCACCUGGGUACCUACUACUAGGGACCAGAUGGAGGCCUUUCCCAACAGCGUUCAAUCGCCUAGCAGUCGCCACAAACUCAGAGAACACAAAUCAAAAGUGCCUCGUGAGGAAUGGAAGCGGUUGGCCAGAGCUGGGGAAGGAAUCCAGCAAAGAAACCAAAGACUCCAAGGGGAGGGUGGGCGCCACCCAAGUAUUACUACAGAAAUAGAAGAUGCUCAAAAUAUACUGUACAUGGACAUAUAACCUGUGGUCCACCCUUGUCAAAGAUGUUGUAUGUAGAAAAGCAUGACCAGUAAGAACAACUGCCCAAGGAAGUGGCCUUAAGUAGUAUACAAACUGUAGAGUGUGGGACCUUGCUUGUACCUACCAAGAUUCAGUGAAAACAAUAGAACAGUAACAGUGUUGGCCUAACACACCAUGUAUGAUGUCAUUUGAAGGGAAACUACCUGUGUUUAAAAAAUAGAAAACAUAUCAAAACCAAAGAAGACAAAAAAAAAAAAAGAUGGCGGCCCCUCCACAGACCAUAUUGGCUGUGGACUUUCUUGGCUGGCAUUUGCUGUUUUCAUUGAAAUCAGAUUCGUUCCAUUUGAUAGAGAGCUGCCAGCUCUGUCAAACUGUGAAGAUGACCCAGGGUCUCAUCUCCUUUUCAGUAUUAUAGGAAAUGUGAGCCAUGUGGUGGGUGGGGGAUGUGCAGGUUGUUGUGAGUAUGUGAUUAUAGAAGAGAGACUGAAGUGGAGGAAGAGGUAGAGGAGGAGGGGUUGGGGGGG